UAUGUAUGUACAUACAUCCAUGAAUACUCCGCGCAAGAAGUAGUUCUUCGAUUCUCACUUCAGUUCGAAACCUUAAAGAGAAAAAUAAAUCUAAUAUCGCCACACUCGCCCUCCUGCCAUCGACGAAACGUCAGCGACCGACCCUGGAAUGGCCCCAACAUGCGACGCGUUGUCGUAACCGGCCUCGGCGCCGUCACCCCGCUGGGCGUCGGCGUCCGGCGCACCUGGCGGCGCCUGCUCGCGUCCGAGUCCGGCCUGGUCAGCGUCGCCGACCGGGGCCGGGACGCGGCCGAGCGUGCCCGGUGGCGCGAACUGACCAGCACCGUGGCCGGCGUCGUGCCCACCGCUGCUGCCGUCACCGCCACCGCCGCCGAUAACGACCACCCGGCGCUCUCCCGGGGCCGCGACGACGGCCUCUGGCGCCCCGCCGACUGGCUCGACGCCGCCGACGAGCGCCGCAUGUCCACCUUUGCGCAGUACGCCGUCGCCGCCGCCGACAUGGCGCUGCGCGACGCCGGGUGGCGCCCCGCCGGCGACGAGGAGCGCGAGAUGACCGGCGUGUGUCUGGGCAGCGGCAUAGGCAACCUAGACGAACUCUAUGCCACCAGCCUGGCUUUUAAUCAAGGGGGCUACAAGAAGGUCUCGCCGCUGUUCGUGCCCAAGAUCUUGAUCAACCUCGCGGCGGGGCACAUUGCCAUGCGCUACGGCCUGCGGGGGCCGAACCACGCGGCCACGACGGCGUGCACCACGGGCGCGCACUCGAUCGGGGACGCGGCGCGGUUCAUCGCCUUUGGCGACGCCGACGUCAUGGUGGCCGGCGGCGCCGAGUCGUGCAUCCACCCCCUCACCUUUGCCGGCUUUGGCCGGUCCAGGUCGCUGUCGACCGCGUACAACCACGACCCGCCGGCCAGCUGUCGGCCGUUCGACGCCGACCGGGCCGGGUUCGUGGUCGGCGAGGGAGCGGCCGUGGUGGUGCUCGAGGAGCUGGAGCACGCCAGGCGGAGGGGCGCCACCGUCCUGGCCGAGCUGAAGGGCUACGGCUGCAGCGGCGACGCCUACCACAUGACGGCGCCCAGGGAGGACGGAUCGGGCGCUCUGUCGUCGAUGAAGAGGGCCUUGAAGAACGCGGGAAUCCGACCGGCGCAGGUUGACUACAUCAACGCCCACGCGACGGGGACCCAGGUCGGCGAUGCUGCCGAGGCCGCCGCCAUCCGGUCGCUGAUGCUCGGCGAGGAAGGUGUGGAAGACGAGAGCAGAGUGACGGUGAGCAGCACAAAGGGCGCCAUUGGGCACCUCCUGGGGGGUGCCGGCGCCAUCGAGGCUAUAUUCUCCAUUCUUGCCAUUGCCGAGAACGCCGUCCCCCCAACGCUGAACCUGAACAAGCCGGAUGUCGGAGCGCGCUUCAACUUCGUGCCGCACCAGGCACAGCAAAAGAAUGUGAGGGUGGCCCUGUCCAACAGUUUCGGCUUCGGAGGCACCAAUGCGUCGCUCGUCUUUUCCCGGCUAGACUAGCCUUGCGCAAGACAGACAGACGGCCGUCCACGGGAUUUGCCCAUGUAUUAUUUCCUGUAGAGAUGCUGUAUGGGAUUGUACGUACAACAUAGGACGGCAUCAGGGAUAGAACUCGUAUGGUUUGGGGAAUAUCAAGGGUAAUUAGGGGGGAGGCUUGAAUGGUUUGGACCUGCGAAACGAGAUAAAUUGUGUCUGGUUCUGCCCAGAUUCGAUAAAUAGCCAACACAUAUGAAGUAAAUAUUUAUUGGAAAUUCAGAUGGUGUAGAG